GAGGGAGAGUGAAAGUGGAGAGGCAGGCAGGCAGACGUGUUGCAACAGAUGGCUUUUAGCAGCGGCGGCUCGGCGGCUGCUGCACCGAGGAACUCUGGGACGCGGCGAGACUGAGGACGCACAGCUGCAGGACGCAUUCACACUCAGAAAGAGCAGAAAGAGUGAGACAUCGUCUCUUUUCCCCCCGUCUCUCCUUCGCCUGCAGACACUUCCUCUCCAGACAGACCGGGAGACAUGGCACAAGUUUCUGUGGAUUUUCUUCAACCAGCAACAGUUUUAUGUGUGGUCUGAGCCUUCCUCCUCCUCCUCCUCCUCCUCCUCCUCCUCCUCCUCCUCCUCCUCCUGGGGUCAGGGAGGAGAACACCUGCUGACAGCGAGGAGCUCCUGAAGGAGGCCUGGACACAACAGAAGACGACGCACAGACAGACUCCGUCUCUACAGGAGCUGAACUCAACACUGUGGGAGCCUGUCUCUACAGAGCAUCUUAACAAGAAGCUGAGACUCUUGGUGGGGAGGAGUCUGAUAAUUUGACUGAGGGUCGGGGGCCAUGGCGGGCCGACUCCUCCUCUUCCUGUUCAUGACGGUGUCGCUGGGCCACGCCUACUUGCUGUCUGGACAGCGGCUGAAGCCCCGCCUCCAGAGAGACAGAAGAAACAUCCGGCCCAACGUCAUCCUGAUCCUGACCGACGACCAGGACCUGGAGCUGGGAUCGAUGCAGGCCAUGAACAAGACUCGCCGCAUCAUGGAGGAGGGCGGGACGUCUUUCUCCAACGCCUUUGUGACCACGCCCAUGUGCUGUCCAUCACGCUCGAGCAUGCUCACUGGGAAGUACGUCCACAACCACAACACCUACACCAACAACGAGAACUGCUCCUCGCCGUCAUGGCAACGGCAGCACGAGCCUCGGAGCUUCGGGGUUUAUCUCAACAACACUGGAUACAGGACAGCCUUCUUCGGGAAGUAUCUGAACGAGUACAACGGCUCGUACGUGCCGCCCGGCUGGAGGGAGUGGUUGGGUUUGGUGAAGAACAGUCGCUUCUACAACUACACACUGAGUCGCAACGGAGUCAGAGAGAAACACGGAGCCCAGUAUCCACAGGACUACCUGACCGACCUGAUCACGGCUGAGUCCAUCCGGUACUUCCGCUCCUCUAAGCGGGUCUAUCCUCACCGGCCGGUCCUGAUGGUCCUGAGCCACGCGGCCCCCCAUGGCCCCGAGGACUCUGCCCCCCAGUACAGCACCGCCUUCCCCAACGCCUCCCAGCACAUUACUCCCAGUUAUAACUACGCUCCGAACCCGGACAAACACUGGAUCAUGCGCUACACGGGGCCCAUGAGGCCGAUCCACAUGGAGUUCACCAACGUGCUGCAGAGGAAGAGGCUGCAGACGCUGCUGUCUGUGGACGACAGCGUGGAGAAGCUGUACAACAUGCUGGUGGAGACGGGGGAGCUGGAGAACACCUACAUCAUCUACACGUCGGACCACGGCUACCACAUCGGACAGUUCGGCCUCGUCAAAGGUAAAUCGAUGCCGUACGAGUUUGACAUCCGGGUCCCGUUUUACAUCCGAGGACCAAACGUGGAGCAAGGCAGCAUUAACCCUCACAUGGUCCUGAACAUCGACCUGGCCCCCACCAUCCUGGACAUCGCCGGCCUCGACACGCCCCCGGACAUGGACGGGAAGUCCAUCCUGUCUCUGCUGGACACGGACAAAUCUGCCAACAGGUUCGUAGUGAACAAGAAGACGAAGGUGUGGAGAGACUCGUUCCUGGUGGAGAGAGGGAAGCUGCUCCACCAGCGCGUUGAGGGGAAGGAGGUGUCACAGGAGGAGAACUUCCUCCCCAAACACCAACGGGUUAAAGACCUCUGUCAGAGGGCGGAGUAUCAGACGCCCUGCCAGCAGACGGGACAGAAGUGGCAGUGUGUGGAGGACGCCACGGGGAAGCUACGGCUCUUCAAAUGUAAAACCGAAAAGGGAGGGGCUAAGAACUUCCAGAGGGGCGUGUUUGGCCGGCACCGUCCAAUCAGCAUGAAGUCCCAGCUCUACCUUCCAGACUCGGACACCUGUGACUGUGACCUCCGAUCUUUCAACCUGCGACCCUCCAUGACCCUCUCCAAGAAAAAGUUCAAGGCUCUGAAGAGUUACUCCAGGAACCGCUACAGCCGCUCGCUGACGUCCAUGACCAACAGUUACCCCGGUAACGACAGCCUGGUGGGCGGGGCCGACUGGGGUCAGCCAAUGGGAGAGGAGUCUGAGGACGAGUUCAGCGGGAUGGGAGGAGUUCCCGCCGCCGUGGCCCCGCCCAACUCCAUCAAAGUCACACACAGGUGUUCCAUCCUGUCUAACGCCACAGUGAAGUGUGACACCGGCGUCUAUCAGUCUCUACAGGCCUGGAAGGACCACAAGCUGCACAUCGACCAUGAGAUCGAGACUCUACAGACCAAGAUAAAGAACCUGAGAGAGGUCAGAGGUCACCUGAAGAAGGCCCGCCCCCAGGACUGUGACUGCAGUAAAUACCUGUUCAAAUCCAAGCUGAAGAACAAGCUGAGGUUCAGAGGAGGAGGAGGAGGAGGAGGAGGAGGAGGUCUGCACCCGUUCAGCAGGAAGGGCGGGGCUCGGGACAAGAAGGCGUGGCUUCUGAAGGAGCAGAAGAGGAGGAAGAAGAUGAGGAAGAUAAUCAAGAGGAUCAGAAACAACGACACGUGUUCGAUGCCUGGACUCACCUGCUUCACCCACGACAACCAGCACUGGCACACCGCCCCCUUCUGGACACUGGGGCCGUUCUGUGCCUGCACCAGCGCCAACAACAACACCUACUGGUGCCUGAGGACCAUCAACGAAAGCCACAACUUCCUGUUCUGUGAGUUCGCCACCGGCUUCCUGGAGUACUUUGACCUGACCACGGACCCGUACCAGCUGAUAAACGCCGUCAGCUCCCUGGACCGGACCGUCCUCAACCAGCUCCACGUCCAGCUCAUGGAGCUCCGAGGCUGCAGAGGCCACAAGCAGUGCAACCCUCGCACACGCUCAGUGGAGACGGCAGGGGGGCGGGCCCACGGCAGCUUUGACGACUACAGGCUGUUUGAGAGGAGGAAGUGGCCCAGAGUCAAGAAACCUUCAUCAUCUAGAACCCUGGGUCCGAUCUGGGACGGCUGGAAAGGUUAAACCCCCUGAUUGGCUGGAGCGGACAUUCCUGGCUCCGCCCACAUCAGCCGGGUCAUGGUCGCCACCUGUCGGCCACCACGCCCCUCACCUGGUCGGUCAGCCAAUCAGAUUCUGCGAACCCCACCCCACCCCCCCGCUGCUCAGGGAGAGACGCUGGGAAGAAACACACCUCCCCCAUCAGGAGCCCCCCCCCCGUAGGGAGAGGAGCUCUGGGUGGAGGAGGAGGAGGAGGAGGAGGAGGAGGUGUUAGGAUCCGUUUACCCUGAGUUUGAAUUUUCAGACAAACAAUAGAAACAAGAUCAAAAAUCUCUUUGUGUAAAAUCAUUUUUUCAGAUUUGUGAAAAAAAAACGAAUUCGUUUUCACGUAUUUUUAGGAAAUUUAAAAUUCAGUUUAUUUGUGUCGAUGUUUUAACAGUUUGUGUGUUUUCUGGGUUCUAAAGUUUGUUUUUAAAACCAGAAACAAAACUUAAAACAACUGAUAUUUGAUUUUAUUAAAUCCAAAAAAUAAAUAAAUAAAGAUUAUUUUAAUAUUAGAAAUAAAGUGAUUUAUCGUCCUUGAAUGAACCAGGAAGUCGUCUCCAUGUGGAACACUGCUCCAAACUACAACUUCUUCUUCUUCUGUUUGCUUGAGUUGUGUACUUCACUGUUACACGGUUCCUGUUGUGUUAUUAGGACACGUCUCCUCCACAUUAUUUCUGAAACAACUUUGUCUCAUAACAAGAAAAAGAAAAGUCCCACAGAAACAUUUUAUCAUGACCUGGUUCCUCUGAACGUUCUAGUUUCAAACUUCCUUCUAGAAAUCGACACUUUUCAAGUUUUGAAUAUUAUGAAUAAAAAAUAGUGUAAAUAUAAAGUUUCUAAUAGUUUUUUUCUCAUUUAAAGAACAAAAUCUCAGCCUCCUCCUCCUCCUCCUCCUCGUCAGGUGACCUCCCAGCAGCCAUGUUUGUAGUUCCUUGUCCAUCUUUAGACUAGUGCUGCGUCAGGACGUUAAAGGAGCUCCUCUCCCUGUCGGACUGAGAUGGACCUGGGACCUCCUGCACCUCCUCCUGCUCCUCCUCCUCCUCCACUAACUCCGCCCUCAGAGCUACAGCUGAUCUAACCCAGAUUGACUACAGGACCCAUGAUGCAAUGAGAAGUGGGGGGGCGGGGGGAGUAAAUGAUCAAACAGGAAGUAGAGGAGACGUCUGGUGAGCCAAUAAAAAGAGACCUGGACCUGUUGCUGUUGUUUUGUGAGAUGCUUUUAUUUUUAAUCAUCUUCUUCACUCGUUUACGUUCUGAUUUUACUUCUUCAGUUUUUUGUAUUUUUCUUUUUCUCCUCAGACCAAACCACCCGACAUGUAACUUAAAGAAAUAAAAUGUAAAAUAUAACACGACUGCAUUCACACAGGAAGGUUUUUAUUUUAAUUUGAAUGUGCUCAUCGUGUUCAGACUCGUUCACAAACAGGACGUCAGGAUAUUUGUUUGUUUGUGUGACUUUUUAUUUUAUAAACUUAUUAACACGGUUUAGAAAUAAUCAGACGUGGCUCAGCUGUUUCAGGUCAGUCGUUGUUUCCUACAGUUCCCAGAAUUCCUUUCAGCUCCAGGUGUUUGCAGCAGAUUAGAUUUAAGACAUUUAAACAGUAUUUAUAUCAUCACACAUGAAAUUAAAAAUGAACCACUAGUGGAAAAUGCAACUUAACCACAUGAAUCAUUGAUAUGUUUGAUCAAAUCUUCACUUUACAAACUUUUACAAAUGAAAUUCAGCUUCAGACUCUAAACACGACCGAGUUUAAGCUUCAGGUUCAAACUGUUCUCAGUGAAUCUGAGUCGACCGAACUCACCAGGACCUGGAUUUUAUUUUACUCAGUUCCACUUUAAAAUGAGAAAAUAAAUGUGACGCUUAUGGCACAAGAUUUAACAAUAAAAGCACCAUGUUCAUUUACAACCAUUUACUGUUGGAUUUUGUAAAAAAAAAGAAAUAUAUAUAUAUAUAAAUAUAUUAUUAUGUGUGUAAAUUUAAUACUUUUAUACAAAAAAUACUAAAAUACUUUAAUAUUAAAAAUAAUUUUCUUUCUACUAAAUUGAUUUUUUCUCCUUGAAUGAACCAGAAAGUUUUUUUUGUUCUUUUUUCUGUGUUUUUUUGUAUUUUCUUGGAUCUAACGUUGGUUUUAUUAAAUCCAAACACAAGAAAAAAGAAAGAGAAGUUUAAUAUUAGAUAUAAAUGUUUCUACUGAAGUGACUGAAUGAACCAGGAAGUCGUCUCCAAACUACUUUCUCUUUUUCUUCUUCUUCUACUCAAAUAAAAACAACCAGAAAUGAAUUGAAUCUGAAAUAGUUUUGACAGAUUUUUAGAUUUUUCUUUGUGUUUUUUCUGUAUUUUUUUUUUAAUAGUUUUUAAAGCUAAAUAAAUAAAUAACCUUGUUUUUAAUGUGA